AUGUCUGACCAGCCAUCUGAGAUCAGGAGCGUCAUCCAACAUGCAAUGAAGUCAGCCAUUAUUGAAUUGGUGUACCGUGAUGCCUAUCCCGACCCUGUGGAUGGUGUUAGAAAGAUAUGCAAGACCCUUCUCACUUCAGCACUCAACCACACUCGUCCCAUGCAAGGCUUGCAAUUCAUCAAGGAACAUAUCAAGUCUCCUGACCAUGGGUUCACCGAUUCAUUGGGGAGAGUUUUCUCUUCUAUUCAUAGUGAGGCAAAGAAUGUGGCCGAGCGCUGCAUCCUAGGGUAUGAUCUUACGGGAACCAAAAGUGUUUGCAUAGAGCAUGUGGAAGUACUCCUAGCCCAAGAGAACUACGCCUAUCCAGGAACCUGGGUGACUGGGUCUGAUGGCGCUGCUAUCACUAGAACCUCCAAUAGAGGCAAGCUGUAUGCAAGUCCGCCAAUCAUCGCAUGCAUGCAGGGACUAUAUAAAUGGUUUCAUCCUUACCAACAACCCGAUGUCUUUGCCGCAUCAAACAAGGAUCACCCUGGGGAGCUUGAGCCACCCGGGCUUGUUGCUCUCGCUGCCACUGCACUCUCUGUGACUGGCAAACAGGUGAAAUGUGUUGCAGUAACUUCAAUGUGUUGCUUGAACUCGGUAGUCAACUCGUUAUCGCUGCCACUUCAAAGCUUUAGAUAG